AAUGGCUCCAUCCGCCGUCACCACAGAGGUCAUCCCAGCGACCCAGGCAAAACAGCUGAUACCCAAAUCCAAAGAUGACCCAAGCAAAGAAUUGAGCCCCCUCGAAGCAAUCUCCCAGGGCGUGACCCUGCCAGGCAUACCCAGCUUCUCCUCCUACGAGAAACACCGCGCAUGGAUCCUCUCCCACAUGGCAGGCGCAUUCCGCGUCUUCGCUCGCAAAGGUUUUACAGAAGGCAUGUCAGGUCACAUCUCAGUCCGUGACCCUGAGCACCCUCACACCUUCUGGACGAACCCCCUCGCCAAACACUUCGCAACGCUCAAGGCAUCCGACAUGGUGCUCGUAGACUAUGACGGCAAAGUUGUCGGCGGAAACACCACCCGACCUGCCAACGGGGCAGGAUUCUUGAUCCACUCUGCUCUCCACAAAGCUAGGCCUGACGUCCAUGCCGCGUGCCACAUGCACGGCAAGGCUGGGAAAGCGUGGAGCGCGUUUGGAAAGAAACUAGAGAUGAUCAAUCAGGAUGUUUGCUACUUUUAUGGCGAUGCGCAGGCUGUGUAUGAAGAGUUCGGGGGUGUGGUUUUCAGUGAGGCUGAGGGGAAACGGUUGGCGGCUGCGCUCGGUGAGAAGGGGAAGGGCAUGAUCUUGAGGAAUCAUGGAUUACUGACUGUUGGUACCACCGUUGACGAAGCAGCCUAUCUGUACACCCUUAUGGAACGUUCCUGCGAGAUCCAGCUUAUGACCGAUGCUGCUGCCGCACUCAGUGGGAAUAAGAAGAUCUUGAUCGAUGAUGAGGCUGCGGAGUAUACGUUCAAGAUGGGCAGUGAUGCUGAGACGCUUUACUGGGAGUUCCAGCCUGAUCUUGAGUACGAGUACGAGAUGUCUAACGGAGUUUUCGAGAAUUAGAGUAGUAGACAUUUCCUUUUUUAUAACGUGCUACGAUCUUUACUUUGGUUUGGACAUUUUAACACUGAGGUCUAUCGUUGAUACGAGUCGCUGUCAUUGAUAUGCCAGUUAAUAUGGCACCUCAGCUGUUUCCCAAUUAAGAAAGCAGUGAAGUCUUUGCCUGCUCCGUCCCCCUUUUGAACAUGAAC